AUGAAGUCUGACGUUGAAGUUACAGAUAUCGUGGCUGGCGAAAAAACAAACAACUCAGCCGAUGAUCAAUCAGUAACUUCUGUCCCGUCCUCGAGCCAUUCGACAGAGUCGGAGAACACCAAUGUCGAUGAACCAUCUGAGGAUGGCCAAGAAAACGUUGAUACGCAAAUAAAUAACUUGGGUCAUCGGCGAAAGAAAAAAAGAAACGUUUGUCGUUGUCGAUGCCGCUGUCGUUGCUGUAAAAUGUGCAGAUUGUGGAAAGUUGCAAAAACGACCUUGUUUCCUAUGAAAAAAGUGCUAAGCGAGAUGAGCUGUUAUCAUUAA